AUUUCAUGCUCCUUUGCGCUGUAGCACUAGCCACGGACUGACGAUAUCUAGUUUACUUUGACUGCUGCUGUGUUUUUUCUGUGCACCUGCCAUGAAGAGCUAUAAGAACUUGCUCCUUCUCAUUGUUAUGGGCUGUGGUGUCUUACAGUCUUGUGCAAUGAGGGCCGAAGUUUAUGAUAACAAUAAUAAAACAUGCCUAUAUGGUAAUAUGGAACUUCAGUUCACCAUUAAAUAUGAGACAAUUGACAAGAACGUGUCAACUUCAGUUUUUCUGUUGCCAAACAAUGUGUCAACUACUGGAAGCACCUGUGGGGAUAACACGACUGAACCAUUGUUAAAACUUGGUUUUGGCAAUGGCCACUCUUUUACAGUGAAUUUUACGCAUAAUCAAACUGUUUACCAUGUAGAUGUUAUAACCUUUGUCUACAAUACCAAUGACAGUUCGAUAUUUCCUAAUGCAUCUGCAAAAGGUGUUUUUACGGUUGCGUCUAAAGUAACUAUGCCAGGUUUACCAAUGGACAACUACUACAAAUGUGUAAAUCCUGAAAUUCUUAUCAUAAAUAAUGUAACAAUGAAAUUUUCCAAUGUCAGCGUUCAAGCCUACAUAAAGGAUGGAAAUGUCAGCAAGCAAGCAUUUGAAUGUAGUGCAGACACCCCCACUACGACUCUUGCUCCAAAUGUUACGACUUCGGCUCCAAAUGUUACGACUUCGGCUCCAAAUGUUACGACUUCGGCUCCAAAUGUCACAACCGUUGCACCUACUCCAACUCCAGUUCCUACUCCAAUUCCAAAGCCUGAAGUGGGUAAUUAUGUGGUGAAGACUGGUAACGUUACAUGUCUCCUAGCUGACAUGGGUCUUCAGCUAAAUUUCAGCAUUACCAAGAAUCAGAGUGACUGGAAAGUUAUAAAUAUUGUUCCAAAUGAUACCUCGACAUCCGGGACAUGUGGCAUUGACACCUCUUCAUUAAAACUGCAAGAAAAACAGAUGAUGGUUGAGUUGGUCUUUGCUGUGAAAAACUCAACUAAAUUUUACCUGAAAGGAGUAAAUGUUAACCAUACUAUUCCUGGUCAGUUUGCUGAGAGUAAUAACAGUUUGGAAUAUUGGGAGGCUUCCGUUGGUAGCUCAUACAUGUGUAACAAAAAUCAGAAUUUUAAGAUCACAGACAACCUUUUUCUCACCACGCUUGAUUUAAGAGUACAGCCAUUCAAUGUGACAGACAACAAGUUCUCAACAGCCCAGCAGUGUCCACUAGACGAUAACAGCCUUCUAAUUCCAAUCAUAGUUGGAGCUGCCCUGGCAGGAUUGAUUCUCAUUGUUGUGAUUGCUUAUGUGAUCGGUCGAAGAAAGACUUACGUUGGAUAUCAGACACUAUAAAGCGAUUUUCUGCCCAUCCCCCAAAAUUGGCACAGUGUUUCUCUUUCAAAAAUUUUAAAUAAAUUUACUUUUGUGAGUCAAGUGCAGGUUCUUUUUUAGCAUAGUUCUGUUAUUUUCAUUAUAUACAUUUUAAUACAUGUAGCCAGGCAACCACACGGUGCUUUGCAAGUAACUGUUGGCCAUCUUAGUGCCAGUAUCAUCUGACCACCAAAUGAAGGUGGUAAUAUCUCCUAAAUUCUUUUGAGUUUAUAGAACCUGAUCUUGUGUCUCAUGACAAUCUCUGAAGGUAUUGGUUUUUUAUGCUAACUUUCUGUUACAUUUAUUUCCUUAGUAAUGGUUUAAGUAACAAAGAUUUUGUCACAUAUAUCAUUAAUUUGUCUGUAUUUUAUGAUGCUGUGCGUUUAAGAAUAGUUUACAUCUGAACAGUUGUUUGGUACCCAUCUCAAAGAAUUAGUUCACAGCACACAUUUUGUAUAUAAACAGGCACUGAAAAUAUGUUUUGAUGAUCCUUAAGUUUUUAAAUUACAGAUUAUUAUGCAUAUUAACGAUUUGCAUUGGAAAUGGCAUUAUUUAAAACAAGUUUAACAAGCUGAAUCUUUGCUUAUACAUGAUCUAUUUGUGAAUUAUUUUGUAGUGUUUUGAUUUGAAAUGAACCUGCACUUGCCUCCAUUACUUUGCAUUCCUUUGAUUUUAUUCAUAAAUUUAUUCUUCAUAAUUUCCUCCAAUGAACAUCAGAGAAUUUCUUUUUUUUUUGCAUAUCUGCAUGAUGUUUUAAUUGUGUUCUCCCGAGUCCAGUACCUACAUUUUCUGAUUAUAAUUAUUUGUGGGUGGUAGGGCCAGUAGCAGACUUGAAAGUGAGGAUCUUCCAUAGAUUUUUGGAAGGAAAAAAAAACUGUGGAAGAUGUACAGUUCCUACAUAUCUUAAUAAAUGAACACAGGGAAAAUCAGGCUAAAGUAAUGCCUUUGAACUGAGUUGUUUUUGUUUUUUUUUUUUUUUUCUUUAGUGCAGUCAGACAUACAAACCACUCUUGUGUAAAGAGAUUAAAUGCAAAUUUCUUUCCAUGUACUCGGAUAAGAUUGUCUGCUGCUUAUCGAGAUUGCAUAUUGUACUUAUUAAAAUAUAAUGGUAAUUUUAACAGAAAAAAAUGUUACAUUUUAAAAUACAAUAAUUUCAUAACACUACACAGGCGUACAUUAUUACAGAUUAUAACACAUUUUGCCACUUAGAUAAAAAACAGUUAAGUUAAUGUAGCUCUCCUGAAUAAACAUACAUUACCAAAAUAGUAUAUGUUUAGAUGUAAUCUUUAAUAUUUGAGUGCCUUGUUUGUUUUUGAUGAAAAGAGACCAUUCACUUUCACUUUUGUGUAUUUUUUUAAUAUAUUUUUACUCCUUUAUCUGUUUGCACUUUGCGUUGACAAGCUUGAUAAAAACUGUAUUUAUUAUAAACCAUUAUUGUAGUAUUUUGCUAAUUUGGAAGCUCAGGAUUUUUUUUUUUUUUUAACAUUUGACCCCAUAUAUAUUACAUGCCACCUUAAUUGUCCACUUUUUCAAAAGAGUUGGUUGUAAAAAUGAAAAUCUGUAAACGCAAAUGUACAAGUUUGUGACUCUUGGUGCAUGUUUAUAAAUUCAAAUACCUUUUAGUACCCAAUUGGAUAAAAAUGGAACUCCUAACAAACACUUUUGGUUAUAGCAGUCUCUAAUUGCAUUUUUUCCCCCUUUAAUAUUACUUAUCUGACCUCUGCAAGAUUACAUUUUGCAAUAUGGUAAACAAAAUGCAUUUUAUGUGCAUGAGCUUUCAGUUUAGUAAAUUAAAUGCUUGUUUUCUUAAUUAUAAAAAGGGAAACUGUAGAAUAGUACUUUUUAAUGUAGCUAUAUAAUUUAAAAAAAUGAUUUUGAGACUUGCACAUUUUUUUUUUAAUUCUGUUGCAAAAAAUGUUCAGUACAGUUAAAGAAAUAAAUAAAACCUGGUUUUGCAAGAUUUUUGUAAGUUUUAUUCCAUAGAUAAAUUUCUGUCUUUAGCAUUUGGAAACCAUUUAUGGUUUAAUUGGUUAUUUAGACAAACUUAAAUAUCAAAAAGUAUUAUUUUAAGGUUCUGCUCUAGCAUUGUUUUUAUAAGAAAUCUGUUCAAGUCCUCGUUUUUCUCCCUUAGGACUGACUGUUACCUGCUUGCAUAUACUGUGCAGUACUUUGAUCUCCUCUCCAAAGAGCAUGUUAUGUUGCAUACACAAACUUUUGGAGAUAAGAUUCAAAUGAGAAAUAAUAGAAUAGUUUACAUACUAAUGAAUAUGUGUUGAGGUCUUGUUUGUUUAUAGGUUUAUUUUUGUGUAAAGGUUUCAAUCUAUUCAAUCAAUAAAGGAUAGCCUGAAUGGAGAGCUGAUCGCAUUUUUUAAUUAAUGAUUUGGCAAAACAUUUUUGUAUAUUUCUCUUAGUAUUUUUGUAAUGAAUCAGUUGAAAAUGCAUUUGUAGCAUUGGUUUGGAUGUUUUUCUGUAUGCAAAUAGCCAUUUAAAUGAGCAAGCAUAAAAAUGGUCAGGAAACUGAGAAUGUUUAUCUAUUAAAAAUAAAGUUGUAUAAAAAGGAAAAACCUAUUUCUAAAAGUUUUUUGGAGACUUUAGUCUUAACGUGCAGAAAUAUAGUUCACCUUUAAAUUUUUGCAACUGACAUGGCUUCUGUGACGAAUUGUUCAUGUUCAUUUUUUUUGUUGGUCUUCCUCUUUGGCAUUUCCUCUUGACUGACUUAUUUUUCUGAUUUGCAUCCAGCGGAAGAUUGCCUGGCUGAUAAGAAAGAGAACUACAUUGUGCCUAUUGCUGUUGGAGUAGCUCUGCUUGUUCUAGUUAUUGUAGUGAUUGUGGCAUACAUUAUUGGCAGAAGGCGAAAUAGUAACUCUGGAUAUGAGCACUUUUAGACAAAAGAAGAUAACCAUGUUACCGGCUGUGGGUUAUCCUUGCCUAUUAAUUGAAUGCUUUAAAACGGUUGGUGGUGAUCUUCACCUCUUCAUUUUGUCUACCCUAUAAUGCUCCUGAAUUACAAGAAUAAAAAAGGUUGCCUGUUAAGUUAGUAACACUCCAAAAGUAUAUUUCUUUAAGAUUUAAAGAGUGGAGCAGUCAUUAAACUAAAACUGUAAUAUAUAUUUUAAUUGCCUGAUUUAUAACUUGAUGGUGAUCAAAGUUGUUUUUUUAUUAUUUUUUUUUUUAACCCUAAUCAUGAAGGUUGUUAUUUAGAGCAGGCUGACAUCCAACAAACCCGUCAGAUGAUUUUUUUUCUGUACUGCACAAGCAUACAAGUUUGCCCAAAGAUUGAUUUCUGAAAUUCCUAGUUUUUGGAAAAUGUAAAUCAGUUCAUUAUUCGCUUCUGUGUUGGAUUGAUUUCAGUCAGUUUUGCCUAAAGCAUUUUAGUUAUCUGUCUAAUUCUAUGAAUCGCUGGUUUAAGUAUUUUAAAAUACUGCAUAGUGUAUGUAAUCUUGUUUUUCUUCUGUUUAAUGUUUUUAAAAUUGCUUUUCUUCGUCAUUCAUUGUGUACAAAUUUAUACCGAUUUUCAGGAUAAAAUGGUAUCGGAUUUAUUUUUGAUUUCUAGACAUUAUUGUUAGGCAUUUGUUUUUCAUCAUGGACUGAAAUAAUUUGCACAAUAAAUGCCUUGAAAUGUUUUUGUCAUUGUGUUCUGAAUCACUUGAUGGAAGUAGAGAAAACAUAAGACAACAUACAAAUAUAAAAAGUUUUGUC